AUGCGCUUGCUUUGCGUUUUGUCUCUGGUGAUUGGUGUGGUGGCCGCUGUGGGGACGGUACAAGCCGCCUGUCCGUCAAACACCUUCACAUGCAAGGACGGCUCCUGUAUUCCAGAGGAUUGGGUUGGUGACGGUGAACCAGAUUGUGAUGACAAGUGA